GUCCUUUAAUUGUUCCAAGGAUAGUGAAUUUAAAAUAAGGGCGGUAACUAUCGCCUAUAUUACGCUGUGACGCCCAUUAGAUGGGAUCAGUUCAGGUGAAAUAACUCAGAGGACGACGUCUUGCUCAGUGGUCAUGCCCCACACCCCAUCCACCACUUAUGCGCUCCCGUCGGACAACCAGCUCGGCAAUGGGAGCACCAUGGCCGACGAGCAGCUGAGGAGCCGGCGGGUCCAGGAGCAGGUCAAGAUGAAGCUGGCGGAGAAAUCCACACUUCCGCGUCAGAACGGAGCGGCCUCUCAUUACGCCAUGUCAGACUAUGGUGGUUCAUCAACAAUGAAAUACAGCACCUACAGCCCAAGCUUCAGCUCUAAAUCCUCCUACAUGUACUCAGGCUCUAAAACAAUGGCUCCUCAGAUUUCCCACAGGGCGGGAUACAGCAGCAGGUCCGCAGCCCCAGAAGUUGUCGGGUUUCAGAAGAUGAGUAUAGGGGUUAGUGGUGGCGGUGGCGGAGGUUUUUACCGGGAAGACAUGCGUUCUGGCGGCUUUCAGGCAUCCAUGAGACCACACCAAAUGGAACAUGAUGCCAUGUCUCUUCACUCGGUGAAAAACGUGCCUGCAGUGCGUUCAUGGGUAAUAGAGAGCGAUGCUGGAAGCCUGCAAUCUGAUCAGGAAGCCACCUUCAGCCGCCAGGGCACAAUGAAUGGCUACAGCACCCAGAUGAGGCAAGGAGGAGGCAAUGUGGCCUAUCAGAGCCAGUUUCAGGCCCAGGCACCAGCUGGUGUCUCAAUGCUUCGAAGCCAAAGUGGCACUCUUACCCGUGGGGGUACUAUGACAGGAGGAGGUUCUGAAAUCCUCCAACAGCAAUAUUCCUUCAAAGGCCCGGCUCACCGCACCAUCAGCAGGAUUACAAACCGUAACCGGAUGAGCGUUGGCUCGCUGUCUGGGACCCAGAUGACCAAUAGCGCAGGCAACUUGAUGGGAGGACGAGAUCAGGUGGACAGAGGGUUUAUCGUGUCAACCCUCGGAUCCGGAUCCCAGGGAAAUCUGUUGCAACGCCAAGGUAACCUGUCCCGAUCCAUGUCGAUCAGAAGCAUGCAGAGCGUUGGCAGAGGCAUGGACGUUUUUGGCCAGAUGGAAGACUUGGACCACCUGCAAGGAGUUGCCGAUCUGAACAUUGCAACUGCGGUUGAGUACCUGAGAAGCGGUGACCCCUCGCUGGAGACCAUGGGUGCAGCUUUCGUUCAGCAUAUGUGCUACAAUGAAAAAGAAGCAAAAGAUCAGGUGCGGCAGCACGGCGCCAUUAAGGAUAUAGUGGACCUGUUUAACAGCGAAAACACAGAAGUGGCCCGUUAUGCAACGGGCGCUGCUCGCAACCUCAUCUAUGAGAACAACGACAACAAGAAUGCCCUGAUUGAACUCAACGGCAUCGCUGCGCUUAACGAGGCGCUAAAAGAGAAUGAUGAUGAGCUUUACAAAAACAUCACAGGUAUUCUGUGGAAUCUCUCCUCCAAAGACAAGUUUAAGGAGAUUAUAGCCAAGGAGACACUUAGCGGGCUCUCUGAGAAGAUCCUCGUUCCUGCUGCUGAGCGAGAGGAGCAGCUGAAGCACGAGAGCGAGGAUUACACGCCGAACCACACAAGUUCUCCAUCUGUGGACGAAAUAUUCACCAACACAACCGGAUGCCUAAGGAAUCUGAGCUCUGGCAAUGAGAAAACCCGUCAACAGAUGCGAGAAACCAAAGGGCUAGUCGGGUCUUUGGUGAGAUGCCUUAGAGGGUCCGUUGACAAUGGAAAGACAGAAGAAAAGGGUGCGGAGAACACAAUGUGCAUCUUGAGGAACCUCUCCUACCAAAUCUACAAUGAACUUCCACCAUCUUACCAAAUGCGUUUGAACAGAAAGGUUGAAACGGAUAAAUCGUCUGGCACUGUUGGCUGCUUUUCUCCAAACAGCAAAAAAACCAACAAGGACAGCAAUCGCUUGAUAUACCAAGAAAUAACAAAGGAUCCAAAAGACAUGGAGUGGCUGUGGCACCCCAAUAUAGUGACUCUGUACCAAAGUGUGCUGCAGUCAUGUGAAAUUAACGCCACCACCCGAGAGGCAGCCAUUGGAAGUCUGCAGAACAUCACUUCUGGAGAGGGGCAGUGGGCUGCAGAGUUAAGCAGGUUUGCUGUGGAACAGAGGAAAAUUCUGCCAAAAUUGAUGGAUCUCCUGCGGACAGACAGGAAUAAGGAGCUACUUUCUCUCAGCGGCCUGUUGAGGAAUUUAGCUCGUCACAGUAAUGUCUCGUCGACAUUGGACCAAGUGGUAAACAAGUUGCCUACUGAUGGCAAAAUGAAGGACCCUUCUGCUGAAGUGGUGGUUAACCUCUGCGGUAUCCUCAAUAGCAUGGUGAUGAAAGAUUUUGAUGCUACCAAGAGAAUCUGUGAGAACGGAGGCCUGGAGAGACUGAUGGCAGUCAAAAAAACGACGGACUCAAGGUCUGGUUUGUGCCGGUUAAUCCUAAAUAUGACACAAGUUAAAGUGACGCUGUGUAACUAUCUGCCACUAGGGGCGCUAGAUCUGUAAUGUUGAAACUUAGUG